GGCGAAGCUCCGGCUCCCCUUUACCCCUUGCCGGGCGAGCGGUGUCUAUGGGGCACCCGCCGCCGCACCCGCCGCUACCGCCACCGCCGCCGCCGCCGCUGGGUGCUGUCUCUAUGGCGAAGAGGAGGAGGAGGAGCGCGAGCUCAGCGACACAAGUACACAAAUAAAGGAUAAAGUAUUUACGAAACAAAUCUUCAAUCAAGUAUAACAUUUUGAUGCUUGGCAGCUAGACUCCUUGUGCCCUCACUAUGCCAGCAGCAACUGUAGAUCAUAGCCAAAGAAUUUGUGAAGUUUGGGCUUGCAACCUGGAUGAAGAGAUGAAGAAAAUUCGUCAGGUUAUCCGAAAAUAUAAUUACGUUGCUAUGGACACUGAGUUUCCAGGCGUGGUUGCAAGACCCAUUGGAGAAUUCAGGAGCAAUGCUGACUAUCAGUACCAACUGUUGCGGUGUAAUGUAGACUUGUUAAAGAUAAUUCAGCUAGGACUGACAUUUAUGAAUGAACAAGGAGAAUACCCACCAGGAACUUCAACUUGGCAGUUUAACUUUAAAUUUAAUUUGACGGAGGACAUGUAUGCCCAAGACUCUAUAGAGCUGCUCACAACAUCUGGUAUCCAGUUUAAAAAACAUGAGGAGGAAGGAAUUGAGACCCAGUACUUUGCAGAACUUCUUAUGACAUCAGGAGUAGUCCUCUGUGAAGGGGUCAAAUGGUUAUCAUUUCAUAGUGGUUAUGACUUUGGCUACUUAAUCAAAAUCCUGACCAACUCUAACUUGCCUGAAGAAGAACUUGACUUCUUUGAGAUCCUUCGAUUGUUUUUUCCUGUCAUUUAUGAUGUGAAGUACCUCAUGAAGAGCUGCAAAAAUCUCAAAGGUGGUUUACAGGAAGUUGCUGAACAGUUAGAGCUGGAACGGAUAGGACCACAGCAUCAGGCAGGAUCUGACUCAUUGCUCACAGGAAUGGCCUUUUUCAAAAUGAGAGAAAUGUUCUUUGAAGAUCAUAUUGAUGAUGCCAAAUAUUGUGGUCAUUUGUAUGGCCUUGGUUCUGGUUCAUCCUAUGUACAGAAUGGCACAGGGAAUGCAUAUGAAGAGGAAGCCAGCAAGCAGUCAUGACAUGAAAUAGUUCUUUUAUUUUUAUUUUAUUUGAGAUACACACAUGCUUGUAUAUAGGUUUUAUCUCUGGUUGAAUCCCUUGAACAGUAGACAUUACUUUUUUUUUCUUCAUAGCUUAUUUUUCUGCCUUUCAGCACUAAGUAUGACCAUUCCUAUCUCAGAUCUUAACAAACAGAAAAGUAUUCAGGUUCAAUCCGGCCUUAAAUACACUUGUUAGUAGGAGUGUGUGAGUGGGGAAAGCUACAUGGUAUUGAAUACUUUGAUAAACUUCACCGACUUGAGCUUGUUUUUUUUCCCGUUCCUAAAUUAACUAGCACUGACUGUAAUUUAUUUCCCUGUUUCAUGUCUCCCUUCCAUUCUGCAGGAGCUUUAGCUAUUUGAGAUUGUGGACCAUCAAUUUUGCACUUUAGAGAGUGAUUCUGACUCAAAUCCUCUGUUUUAUCAGCAGUUUUGGUUUUCCUUGCUCUUAGCUGGAAAAAUGACCAUCUGCCAACUUUUCCCAUAUUACUUGUUUUUGACCCAUGGAAUAUAGCACAUGUAUUGUGCAAAUGGUUGAAUCAGCAGGACUACAAAAAAGAAAAGACAAAAAACUACUGAGGAGCUUAGUAACUGCUGUUUCUGUGCGUAGUAGUUAAUCUUCCAAGCACAUCUAGUGUCUGUCAGUUUCUAAUUGGCAUGUGUGUAGGCUGCUCUGUGACUCAAGUGUUUUUCAAACCAGCUUUACACCCUUCAGGAAAAAUCCUUUGUGAUUGGACAUUUAAUGUCUGCCGGGAAACUGGUACCCAAGAUGUUGAAGCUGCAGUUACUUUAUGAUAGCACACUUCCCUUACCUGCUUCUUUUUAUUCCAUCUCUGUUUACCCUUAUUUUAAAAAAUUUUAUAGCCAUAUUUACGAUGCUCUUGAUUUGUUGAUUCCACAAAUCAAUUUCAUUCAAAUCCAAAGAUUGCCAAGUCUUUAGGUAUAUUUUGUACCAAAUUAAAUUACAAAAAAUUCGAGCUUUCAUAGUUGCUACAAAGAUAGAUAAAUGGAGAAAUUUGGUGCAAAACAACAUAAUACAAAAUUAUAUAUUUAUUAGCUAUAUACAGUAUAGCUAAUAAAACUACCUGAGGAGUGUAAUGCUUGUUUAUUUUUUUGUGUAUAUCUUUGCAAUCUAUUUUAUAUAUAUUGACAAAAGAGACUGUGAAAUAUUUAGCCAUGUGGAAUAUGUGACCAGACCAGAGCAUGCGUAGGAAGGCAUUUUGGUAAUCAUUAACUGCCCUGAAAUGACGGACUACAAGUUAUGAUGUGUGUCAUCUGCACUUCAAUCAGUAAUAUUAGCAAAUCUCCAAAUGUUAGCCACAUUAGUUUGUUUCCCUUGUACAUUCUUUACUCAUGAUACUUCAAUGCUGUAACUGGGUGGUCCUUUUUAAACAAAACAUUUGCGAAACAGAGGGAUUAUUUGUUUUUAAAGCUUUUGUAAAUAAAGGCUUCAGAAAUGUUUUCUUAUA